AUGUCAUUAAGCCAGAUUGGAUUGUCAUUGUUUCCAUAUCAAUAUGUAAGCUCACGAGUGAUAACGGCUGCUGCUGCUGCUACAGCAAGUACCUCUUCAACAGCUAGUCUAGUUCAACCACCCUCAUUCCUUGGAGGUAUCAUUCUACAGUUUACACGACAAGUAAUGAAGCCGAGGGUUAUCAUACCAGCACUUUUAGUUAUUGUUUUGCUAUUUGAUUUGGAUGAUGACGUAUUAAAUAUAGAUGAUGAUUUUGCAAUAUCUGAUGAUGAAGAAGAACAGCAACAACAACCAGAAGAAGAAGAGCAAGAAGAAAAUGAAGAAGAGCCAAGGCAGUAG